CGUAUAGAUAUUAUUAGGUACGAUCGAUCUCCCACGGGCCACAAAAACGCGAAAAAUGCUGCCUUGCGUUCUCAUUCAAAGUCCACAUCCCCACAUAUAAAUGCGACAAUAGGCAGACCAAUACAAAAUAGCAUAGAAGAGGCGGUGGCAUCUGGGGGAGAGAAAGAGAAGAGAGAUAGGGUUAGCUCUGGAGUCUCUGCCUUUGCCCUCCUGUGGCGUCUUUAGGUUAUGCCGUUUUCCCCCGAGGUUGUGUCAUACUUCGAUUUAAAGAACUUAAUUUCAUUUAGGACAUGGAGCAAGUGUGCCUCUGGUCAGAUUGCUACCAGCAUCGGGUUUUUCCAUUUCAGGAUGUGCUUGUUUGGCGAUUUCUCAUCCUUGGAGAUUUCCUCCUUGUUUCUUUUGUCAACUGCACCUAGUAAAAAGCUUCUGUUAAAUGAUCAGUACAGGAGGCCUAAUGCAAAUUUUUUCUGAGAUAGGUGUUGGAUCUUUAGUGCACGCUUACAAGUAAGCUGUACCUUCAGUAUUUCUGAAGCAGUACAUGGUUUCUGAUCUUGAUUACACUGUUUGCCAUCUCUAAUGAUCUUGUUGAUUCUAGUGCAUUUCCAAUACAACAUCCAUUUGAAAUCCUUUGGAAACCAUCUUCUGGGGGCUGAAGUCUGCAAGUAUCCGAGUAAAAUUCGCAUAUUAAGUUUUAGAUGUUCCUGUUGCACUGGUUUGCGGAGUUGGUAGUUCUAAGCAAUACUUUGUCUUUCCGGCUGAUGGGUGCCUGUUAAGAGUCAAGAUUUACUUGACUCAGGAUUUGGCAUCAGAGUCACAUAGCACAGUUGAGAUAGCCGAGAUCAAGCUUUUGAUAGUUUUUGGUUGACUAUGUCUUGAGCUAAGAAUCCAUCUUGUGGCUAGUAUUGGAUUCUGUGAUAUUCAGUUCUGGAUUGGUGUAAAAAUGUUAUGCUGUUCUCGAGUAUUUUUGCAUUCUAUGCCUUGUUGUUUUUCCGAAGCCAUGGAUAUGACAUAUUACUUGAAUAAGGCUGUGAAGCCCAUCCGUCAGAAGCAUACUGGUUUUGUGUUUAUGCAUGGUGCAACAGAAGAUUAAAGGGUGGAUUUAUCUGGAUCAGCCAGGCUGUUAGUGGGUAUUUUAUAGUGUUAUUUUAGAGUCAUCUACAAAUAUAAGCAUCCUAUCGUCUUUUGUGUCCGCAUUCUUUACUCAAUAACAAAGGUGACACGCUGUUGAAUUGCAAGAAUGGAAAGGUACAAGAUAAUCAAGGAAGUUGGUAAUGGAACAUUUGGGACUGUGUGGCGAGCAUUAAAUAAGCAGAAUGGUGAAGUGGUUGCAAUUAAAAAGAUGAAGAAAAAAUAUUAUUCUUGGGAAGAAUGCAUAAAUUUGAGAGAAGUCAAGUCAUUGAGGAAAAUGAAUCAUCCAAAUAUUGUGAAGCUCAAGGAAGUAAUCAGGGAAAAUGACAUCUUGUACUUUGUGUUUGAAUACAUGGAAUGCAACCUAUACCAGCUUAUGAAAGACAGAGCAAAACUUUUCUCGGAAUCUGAAGUAAGAAAUUGGUGUUUUCAAGUAUUUCAAGGUCUUGCAUACAUGCAUCAACGUGGAUAUUUCCAUCGUGACCUUAAGCCAGAGAACUUGCUAGUUUCAAAACACAUUAUAAAAAUUGCUGAUUUUGGUCUUGCUCGUGAGAUCAGUUCUCGACCCCCGUAUACGGAGUAUGUUUCAACACGAUGGUAUCGGGCCCCAGAGGUUUUGCUCCAGUCACCAACAUAUGGUUCUGCAGUUGAUAUGUGGGCAAUGGGUGCUAUUAUGGCUGAAUUGCUUACCCUGAGUCCUCUUUUUCCUGGUUCAAGUGAAGCAGAUGAGAUCUAUAAAAUAUGCAGUGUGAUAGGCAGCCCAACAGAGUGUGUAUGGGCAUAUGGUCUAAAACUUUCUGGUGCUAUCAACUACCAGUUUCCGCAGCUUGCUGGUGUCCAUCUUUCUGCACUAAUACCAUCUGCAAGUGCUGAUGCAAUUAGUCUUAUUACAACCCUAUGUUCAUGGGAUCCUUGCAAGAGACCAACAGCCUUGGAGGCCCUUCAGCAUCCUUUCUUCCAGAGUUGCUUUUAUGUUCCACCAUCUCUUCGUUCUAGAGCUGCUGUGGCCGGAACACCUCCAUCUGCUGGAAGUAGGGGAGCUUUGGAGCAGAAAAGUGCUAGGAGUUAUUCUGGGUCUUUAUCUAACCCGAAGCCCAGAAACAACUUACCUUCUGUCAAAUCAUAUGCGUCUUUAAGCUCGGGUGUGCAACGGAAGUUGGAAAUGAAUUGUCCAGACGCAACUAAUAAUGAUAAAUCCAUGAAGAGCUCUGUGAAGCAACAACCGAGAUACCGGCCACCUGCGCGGAACUGGCCUACUGGAAAUCACAUCGGAAAGGCACUUACUAUUUCUGAUACAGCUGAGAAGUUUGCAAACAUGAAGGUUGGUACUGUAAAACCGCAAGCGAGGCAGUCAUUACCUCCACCAAUGAAGGCUGGAGGAUGGCAUGGCCAAUCUGAAUGGUUUCUUGGACAAUCUCAAGAGAUUCUGCCGGGAAGAACUUACAGCAGGAAAGUCGUUGGAUGAACAAAAGCUCUGUUGAGAGGUGAUAAUGAGUUAAAAUAACAAUGCUAUAGCUCCGUAGUGAAGAUUGUAUGUUAUUGUGUGCCUGGCCAUGUCGAGUUAGUUAAAUUACCAUAGACUUGAGUACCAGUGUCGUUAUUUUAUGUUGAUUAGUUUGAUGUUUGGUUUUUUCAAUAAUUAUUGUAUACCUUAACUUCACGUCAGAAACGGUUUAAGGCUUGUGUUUGAGUAUUGCUUUCUUUAUGCUCUUCAUUUAGCAUUUUGUGGGAAAAUAAUAAU